AUGGACCGACAUAGCUUACGGUAUGUCCUUAUGGUUAGUGGACAACAAAGCCAACUUCAUAAUCCAAAUGCUAUAGUUUUUUUUUCUGAACAAAUGCAGACAGCCAUUAUGCGUGGGUCUACUCCUAGGAAAAACUUUCUCAUCGACACCACUACUCCACGUGGUGAUGUUGUUAUCACUGAAGAUUCUGCUAUGAAAUCUGUGAACAGCUGGGUUACAUUAAAGGUUACUGAAGGCAUUCAAAGGGGUUUGCAUGAGUGGUCUGUUUACAUUGAAAAUCAAGGUGAGACUAGCGACGGCAGCGGCCUGAUGCUAGGAAUUGUUCCACAAAAUUUUAGCAAGUAUGAUUCCUUUAUUUCACAAGGAGGUGGUUGGUGCUUAAGCCGGGCGGGAAAGUUCUACGGAAACUGGCGGCGCCAAGAUGCGAAUGUACCGACACUCACCUACGGUACCGGUGACCGCGUUGUUUUUUUGCUUAAUUACGACAACGCUACCAUGAUGGUGCGCGUAGGCAACACAUACGUGAUUGGUGAGAUUCACAACUUAAGCACUGAGGUUUUCCCGGCUAUUUCUUUGCACUACCGCCAGCAGGUAGUGCGCUUCGAGUACCAUCAGGUGUGUGAGAAUUCCACCACUAAGCAGCUUGACUGGAUGCAGCGCGGGGUCUUGCCCUCUGCGGCUGCGUUCAUUCCCUUGACCUAUGAGCAUGUCGAACGGAUGCCUUUGGCGUCCUAUCUAUACAGUGAGGCUUUCAAGGAUCGUGCCAUAGAACGGACUUCAGCAUCAGUAAAAAGUUUGGAUGAUGAAAAAGAUUUUAGUAAAAUCCUGCCCUAUGACUCUAUAGAGGCUUCCAGAGCUCGUUUGGUGACCUUAGCCAAUGCUUUUGCCGCAGUACGGCGCUAUGCGAUGCCAUCAGGUAGGUGUCAGUUGUUAUCCCCUCAUGUCAGUGCUGAACACUUACGUCAGCGUGCCUAUGACUCCCUACGAAGGACGCGUGGAGACGACAUACCUCUCCAUGAUGUAGGUCUCAACUUCUGGGCGACAAUGGUUUUCAACCUCUUCUCGUCCGCAUUACAAGGAUCUGAUAGCAAUCCCAUGGCUUCAUCAUUAAUCAAAAGCCUCAUGGACUUUUUGCUUUCUAUGCCGCCUUUUUCCCUAGCCGAGGUAUCCCGCGGCCACGGUUCAUCUUUGUUUCCGACGCACUCCUCCUCUGGGAUAGCCACUAGUGGGUUUGGUGGCGAUGUGUCACGCAUCUUUCCUGGAAUUCUUCAGCUUGGUGUGUGUGAUAUCUGCCGAUUGGUGGAAACACCAAAGGGGGAGAACAAAAAGGAGCUUAGUCCUGUUCAAGAAGCCUUAAUGGAGCUCAUUGUGUUGAUUGCUUUGCAACGGGGUCUAGUGCACGAAGUCUUACGAGUGUGCCGCUAUCUUCUGCGCUAUCCACAGCAGACUGUUUCACGUCCGCUUGUUAACUGGCUGUUGCACCAUGAAGAAGUGCUUCAACCGAGUCUGGAACUCCCAGACUUCUGUAGGGCUUGGAGAGCGUGCAAGAGUACUGAUAGCUUAGUCCCAACCGGGUUGAGUCCUCAUCAUCUAAUUCUUUCGGUUGCAUAUGGUAAUAUGUGCCUUUUUGUGCACUCAACCGAUGGCAUCAGUAAGUGGGUGUCGAACUCCCAGGGUGUCGAGUCUCCAUUUACGAUGUCUAGUCAUACCAAGGAGCCUAAACAGUACACUGUGGGUGUCUCACGCUCCAGUAUGGCGACGGUCCGCACCCAUCUUCUCCUAUUGACAGAUGUAAUGAGUAACGCUGGGGUUGCAUUUGUGGUCUACAUGAUGACGUUAGCGGUGCAUAAAGUUUGCCGUCUGGAUGAUGUGGGGGAUUCCUGGCCACGAGGGCUACAAGCGCUACCUCAGCUUGUCUCUGCCGAGGGAGAUACGUUUCUUUUGGUGUAUAAAAAGCAUCUCAAGGAAUCAUCCACUGUGCCUAUGGACGGCGCGGCGGCACUCUCUGCGGAUCCCACUGUUUCUAAGGGCAAUACGCUUUCUCAUACCUGUUCUGAGACAGGCGAUUACGUAAAGGUCUGCGGCUUCAGUUUUACGUCAUUCUCGACACCUUUGUGGGUAACAACACUCGAGGCACCUCAGGUGAGAAGUUUUACACUUCGGACUUCUUUGGCGCUCAUGAAGCGAAGCUAUAUUGACUUGGGUCCACCAGAGCUGGCCUUGCAGUUGAGUGGUGGAUAUGUCACAGUGGAGUUAUGGAUAAGGUUUCUCGAUACCGAGAAUACCUCCACCUUUUACCAACACGGUGACAAAAGUACCGGCGGAGAGGUGUUCCUCGAAACUGCACAGCUGGACGGCGCUUUCGGCAUCCGGGGUGGCUAUCGUCACGACACGAGGGGUUCUUGUGUGGUAUCCGCUCCGUUGCCUCCCACGAUCACUCACCUUUUUCUUCAUAUUGCCUUAGUUUUUGAUGGGCAGUGGGGUCUAUAUUUUAACGGUGAGCAGGUUGCAUGGAACCGCCAGGGACCGCAUGUGUUCUUGGAGUCCCCCCGUCGGCGUUGGACAAUGGGUAACAACUGCAUCUGUGAGCUGGCUGGGCUACGCGUGUGGCGUAUGAAUCGCUCUGCGCGUGAGAUUGCACGUGACUAUAAACACUAUCUAGCUGGGGAUGAACCAGGCUUGCUGGCGCAGUUUCUAUUCAAUGAAGCAAGCGGUAAUGUUGCAUUUAACUAUGUCAAAUGUGAGAACGCACGGCACGCUGUAUGCGUGGGGAGUUUCACUCAUAUCGCGUGUGAUCACCAUCCCUUGCGCGCAUGUGUAGAUUCUAAAGGAAUCCGUUACGGUAGCAGCCCUAAUGGUGAUGCCGUUUUUGGAGAGAAUCCGACUGAAACUACUCCUGUGAUACCUUUUCGUAGUCCUAUACAUGAUUGGAGGGAUUUAACACAUGCAAGAUGCUCUGUUGUGCGCGGCUUGCUCAUGAUUGCUACCCCAAUAGGAAGUGUCGCAGCCCCAUAUCCUGUGCAGAAUGGCCACAUCCUUAGCUUUUUUGAUCUUCACUCGGGCUUUCUAUAUUCUUCCCUGUUUCACAUAAGCAGCCGAGAUCCUGCUAAAUGUUUCGUAGGUUCUGACCCCGAUGGGCGAGCCUGGGAGCUGUUCGAAAUAGAGACUGACUCAAAGUCACCUGCAGAAGAGGGGUUCGCUCACACGGUGUCGAAAGACAAAAAAAAGUCCAUUUUUGCGUCAAUGUUGCCUUUUGAACGAGAGGAAGAUCUGCUAACGACGUCUCAUGGUAAUUCUGCUGUGCCUCAACUGUCAUCGUUAUUCGCAGCAUGCUCAACCAUCACCGAUUCAAGUUUGAAUCCCAGCAAUGAGGCUGCAUACCCUCCAACCUAUCCUGCUGUUUCAGUGGGGGGCACGUGCGGACGAAAAACCUUAUCGGCCAGGGAUUGUGCGCAGGUUCGUCUUCAAGGACCCUCUUCUGUCAGCUUACCAGGCGAGAGAAACCACGAUCGAGGAGGGGUAAGCGGACCCUCUCCGCCGCAUCGAUCCCUUACCUACCUCGACCUAGCUAUAAAAUUGUUCGAGGUGCUAGGCAAGCGUGCCCAAGUGGAGCCGAUGGGCGAAGUUUUACAGUUGUUUUCACCACUGGCCGACGACGUCGGGCAACCGUGCGUACAAGAGAUUAAAAAGACCUUUCAGGAACAUUUACGAUGGAUCAAAGGACCUGGCGCGCCACGGGCCGUUGCACUUUCGUCGAGUUCUUCUGAGAUGAUCCUUCAUUGGACUCUGAUUAUCUUUCUGAGAUUUAUUCGUCGAGUGCAGGGGUAUGGACUUCAUCCAUCAGCCCUUGGCUUAAGUGUGUGUGAGUAUGAUAAGACCUCUGAACUCUUUGGGGCAGUGUUAAAUAGUUCGAACAGUGCCUUGUCUUCGAGGAGUUUACUAAUAAGCGCUCUGAAUAACACAAGUACUUGCACAGAAACUGGUAAACAGGACCGCGUCCUGUCGCCUUCUCCUGACGCAGCCUUACCGCCUGUGGACGACGGCACGACGCUUCUUGCUAUUUUGAAUGAUAUCAUAUUCGGGAUAGGAACACAAAUGCAUUCCCACCUGGGACAACUGGCACAACAAAUUGUGAUGGAAAGUAUGUCUAUCUUCAUGCCAAAUGCUCGGUACCGAGCUGCUGUGUUGCGUGAUUCACUGGCAAAUGUUUCUCUGAAAAUGAACUCACCACCAUCCUCAACGGCCCACGUCGUUCCCUCAAAAGAGUCCCAUAUGGCAAGUCCAGAACAGACUUCCACCUUGGUUCCACUUUUGGAUGGCAUUGUGUGUAGCUUUUCUUCUGUUUGCUCUGUGUCGCCUCUUCUGUACACAGAUUUGGAUAACACUGAUGCUCCCGUGUCACCAAAUAGCGUGGAGAAGUUGCAGUCGGUUUCUCAAACAGCUCUCAAGGAGAUUAUCGAUACACAGCAAGCACUUAUGAAGUUGUGUUUAAUGCGGCAGAGGUCCCUACUUUCUGGCUUCUCAAAUGAAUAUAAUCGCGGCCACUCUACCCAACCAUUGGAAAGUCCCACAUCGGCCUCUCCAUUUUUUGCUUCAUUGGCUACACAACUUCAAGUGUUGGACAAAACAGGAAAAUUUGUCGCACUUCAAGACGCCAUCAGCUCCUUUCAGCUUUUACUUUUCAGUACACUUUGUACAGACACGAGUGGGUUUGGCCUGUUUCUUGACAAGGUAUUCCCCCGACAAACUAAUAUUGAUUUGACGUCAUCAUCAAAUUUAUUUCAUUCGACAACUGAAAAUGAUGAUAAGGAGAACAUUGAAGAGGUAUUAAUCUCCAACAAAAAGUCUCAGAAAUUCAGUAAAACGAAUGACGGGCCUGUUGUAGAGAACUGGGUGCGAAAUUAUUACGAAAUUUUUUUCGAUUUCGCAACAGAAUCUCUAAAGUUUUCGAAAAGGGUUUUGAGUAGAGCUUCAUCGCUUCAAAAUGUCCAUGAAGCGGAGACCAUGGGCGAUCAAACAAAUAGCAGCCUUGCGCGAGGAAGCUUAGAAAACGUCCUGGCACAGCUAAAACUUUACGUGCCAGACUCUGUGUUGCAUUCGGCAAUCACAGCUAUCCCCAUUCUUCUUCAGCGCUCGGAUGCAUCAUGGUUUCUGGAUCUCCUGCAUAAUUUGAUACCAUUAUGUAAAGAUGUGCGUGACGAAAUUCAAAACUUUGCUGCAGAAAAAAAUGUUCUGGAAACGUACUCAACACCGGAUCCUCACGCCUGCGGCACGAGUCUAAAGAACGAGGUGCCACAUAAGCCCGGGGAAGAGUCUGCACUAGAGGCAUUGUACAAGGCUGUGAUCUUCACAACUUCAUGUAUCGCAACGAGUAUGGUAUUUACAUCCACAUUUACGUCCUCAGUCUCGGAUGUGCCUAAGGUACUCAACACAAGCACCAUACCGUCGAAUGUUGUUUCACCAACACCUAUUCGUCCAGAUACUGCUUCCGGAUUACCUCUCUUUCCAAGCGUCAACGGCUCCAGGGUUACUAAUUCUACGGCAAAGAUCAGGGAGUGCGUCGACAAAGGAAAGACUUCUGUGUUACAAGAGAUCACAAAGAAACUACUACUCUCCGGGGGCGUGGUGCAGUCUUUUUUCGACGCAGCACACACACCCGAAUCUUUGCCUGUUUUGAAUGAGGGAAGUCGACGUCAGAUAUUUCUAUUAAAUCUUUUCAAUUCCAAUACGUCACAUUGGAUUGCCUCGCAACGUGGUUUUGACGCGCUAGCGCCUAGGGUUCCAGAUCGAAUAUCUGUCAUCUUGGCGUACUUAGCUGUUGCCUCCAUUUUUUUAAGCAAUGAGCCACUCCAAACCACCGGCAGCCGAUCUGAGGAGAUUGCCAAAGCGCUCGUGAAGCGUGUUAUGCGUCGCUUAACUUCUGUUCGAAACGAACUCCUUUGGCACCAUACUAAGGAGCAGAAAAGUGCGACAGCCUUUUCCGACAUCCUGAAUGAUGUUCAAUGCCGCUGCAGUAUAUUGCUUUCCACCACAUGUUUGUUGGACGCCGCUGCGAGCGAUGAAAUCUUGUACCUCUUAUCGCAAAAUUCCACCGUUGAUGGGGUCCUUGCUUUCCCAACACAACCGAGGCAACGAUGGUUCUGGGUGCGUCGCCGAUUGAGGCUUUUAGCCAUAAGGUGGCGUGCAGAUGUGUAUCGGAACGAUGCUUUAAGUCUUAGUUCUAGCAUCAAUCUAGUAUCCCAGGUUGCCUGUUCGACUAGUUUCAGCGCGGUGGAUCUCAUAAACACUUUUCGUGAGCGUGAAGAGCUGGUGACUAUUCGCCUUCGCGGCUUAACCCAGCUGCUACAUCUGAUGCAGAGUCAGCCGUCCUGUACGGAGAAUGUUUCGUUUCUUCUUAGUGGUGGAUUUGGUCAUCAUAAGCAAAUGCAGUGUGAGGACAAUCUAGCAGGCUGUCGUCACACAUGCAUCUGGAAACUUCGCAGUGUUGAAUAUGACAUUUUGUGGCAUUUUAUGAAGUACGCUCAGGAUCGCUCUUGCCACAAUGUAGAAGGCAAGACAACAAAGUGUGAGUCUGUGUCGAAUAAGGAGGCGUGUGAACGGAGUCGGAAUGGGAAUAUUUCCUCACCAGUGCUUUGUGCGGCACUUAAGCUCGCUUGGCAUCCCCGUGGCUUUGCCUUUCUCUGUAAAUAUCAUGUGGUGGAAUUCAUCGUUAAAACCUACGCCUCAAUUUUUGAGGAAUAUCCACAGGUAUGUGCGGGUGGGCGUCUGCCUUCUUUGCGCGAAGAGGAUCUUGUGGCACGCCAACAUCGCCGAGAAGUGCUUCAGUUCCAAAGGAAGAUUAGUCAAACGGUAUCCCCUUCUUUUAAGCGACCGACUACUCGAGGAAAGGAACACUUCACUUCUGCAACGAUGGAUGGUGGUGACACAGACUCCUUGGAAGGCCCGCUCGUGCGGACGUUACGCGAGCAAGCAAAAUACACGGCCCUUGACUCUAUGAAACACUUGGGUCUGCGAUGUGCAACUGCUUUGCAGAAUGAGGAUCUCACGCGUACUGAGAGAAUGGCCUGCAACGCAUUCCUCACGCAUCUUUUCCAAAUAAUCAUGACAGAGAUGGAUUCAUGUCUUUCUUAUCUCAAACGCAGUACACUGGAGUUUGAACAACAUCACCUCCGUCAAACAAACCGGAAUGAGGGUAGUGGAGGGAAGAAGGCAACGUGCAUAUUUUCCCCUGAACUUAAUUUGUUGCUGGAACAAAUCGAAGUUUUUUCAAGUCUCCUUUCUACUAUUAUGAGCGCCUUUUGUCCUUCUUACAAAUUUGGUGAUGCAUCUUUGAGCCAGGCUGUCGCUACGAUGGCAUCGAUUUUUUAUCAGCUAGUUUCGUUAGAGCUUUCAUUGUGGGCUCAAACCCCUCAAGAUGAUGAGUUCCCCGCAAAUGUGACGAAUGACGCUGAUCAGCGAGACGAACUGAAGUUUACCACUCUUAUCAAGCUCUCCGCACAGAUCCGUCUGAUAGGGUGUCUGCUCAUGCAUAAUUCUCCGAGGAUUGCAAACGAAUGUUUUGCACGGAGUGAAAUUAAAGAGCUCUGUUACCCACAUAUUUCCAACCCAUCUCUUGAGCCAAGGAGGGAGAGCAGUCAGAACUCGACAUUUCUAUCUCUCUUUGCCUUUGCCGUGCGUUGUCUUUCUGCAACAGGUCUUAGCAGCCUCUCGAAGCACGCUUUACUGAUGCUGCGGCAGGUCCUUCUACAGCUUGACUGGGCAGCAGAGCUAGAGGGACUUGUGCCUAUUUUCCAAAUGGAUUUAAAAGGGCAUAGUGCAUUGUCAACGAUGCGCCCUUCACAAACAAAAGUUGAUUCUGGUUACCAAAAUGGACAAGCACAGCUCAUGAAUUCCUGGAAGCUCUUGUGCUGGGUUUCAGCGCUGGGCGGUUGCACCCCUCUCGUGCCAUGUGAGGGAAUGCGUGUGUAUUAUCACGAGGAGGGCAAUAGUGCUAUUGUUGAGGGCUAUUUGAUCGAUGCUCGGGCGGGGAACAAUACUGUCACAAUAGUCCCCACAAACCGCGCGUGUGGCGAUAUGAGGGACCUUAUCGAAGGACGCCUGCGGCCUACCCGCGUCUGCCGUGAGGCUGACCCUUCGGGAAAGAGUUCUUUCGCUGUUGCGGGUGCUGCUGAGGAUUGUUACAAUCCAAUCGUCUGGGGGAAGGAGGACAAUGUGUCGCGAGAUUUUGUGUUGCAGCCGUCUCCACUUGAGCCUGCAUCCAUCGUUCCAUACGAGGGAAUCGCUCACAAUUUUAUUGUUCCCGCACUCGAGCACUUUCUGUCCGAUCUGCAUAACAGAAACCGCCUAAUGUGCUUGGAUUCGGUAGAAGUGGUAGUCCUUAGUGGUUUUGUGUCUAUGGCCCUCCAGUGCGCCUUGACGCACCCACCAUUCUUUGAUGAACUCCUAGAAUGUGGGACUUUUCUACUUAUAAGACGAUUAACAUGCAUCCAGAAGCCGCAUGUCCCGCUGCCCAUGAACUAUAUUAACGACUACACAGGCCACGCAUUGCAUCGAUACGUUACUUUACUCCGCUUGGAGUGCACACAAAAUAACCGGAUAGGGGUCGCUUUGGAAGUCCCGAAGGAUGACAAAGGAGGCUUAAAUGAUCCUGGAAGCCCAAAGCGUAGUGGUGGCGCCAUCUCCAAUCAUGAGGGUGAGGUAAAAUCUCGCUUACCACAUGCUCCUCCGGAGAUGCGAGUGACGCUUCAAGCUCACCAGCGUAUAGCAUCCUUGCUUUCGAACUCGUUUCUUUACUAUGAUGGCGCUUCACUGGGUCAAAUUUCUGAUUCAGCUGGGACUGGGCUUGGCAACGGGGUUCGACCCAUUUUCUUUCACCCAAAUGCUUCACAGUUUCAUGGUGUUUGCUUUCUUCGGGAUCCGACGAAUGGACCUGAAGCAGCGUACAAACGGAACUCAUACGAUCAAGUUCCCUGGUCUUCCUCCUUCGAGGAAGGUGAUCCAGGCGACUCUGAAGAGCGACUUCACGCGAUUGCGAGUGCAUCCCGUUCAGAGGGUCAAACCUCUGCGCUUUGUUUUAGCCUUUCAAACCUAGUGAGCCAAGCACAUCAGUGCGAUGCCAAAGUUGUUAUAGAACCCAUCAAGCCCCGUACUCGUUCAUUUCCAUUGUGGGCGAAUGCUAUUGCAUUCGAGGCAUCCAUAAUGCUGAGUGACCAACUGUUUCCAGAGCUUGGUGACUACUGCGCGAUUCCGUCGCUGCAGUCCUCCUCGAUAUCUGCGUGUGCCAAGGAGGCAUUGGGAGGCCGGAAACGCGAUGCGAGCGUUUUUUCCAUUUUAACUGUAUAUGCGUCCGUCGAUUCACAGUCCAUACACAACACCAGCGGCAACGUUAACAAAGAGCCGGACAGUCCGGCUUCAUCUGCCACUCCCAUCUUACAGUUGUUUGUAGAGAAAGGGAACCUAAAAUGUGCAGUGAACGUCACUUCUUUUCUCUGGGGAAGUGCCAAAAGGAGUGGUAGUAAGCCUCGUACCCAAGAUAAUAUGAGUAAUCUAGUUGAGUGUAGCUUGCCUUUGAAAAACAAGCACUGGAACUGUUUCAUGCAUGUCGCUGUAAUGUUAGAUGCCCAACGCUUGACUUUGGCUCGGGCGGGGGAGGUAACAUCUGUACCUCUCACGCUAACCACACUAGACGUGCUCACUUUUAUUUUUCAAACUGACGGAGUGGUACGCCAGCUUGUUUUGGGCAAUACCUCACUUUUGGAGAAAGCUCCCAAAGACACCUCAAAUAAUCCAACUGAGGGUGCCACCUCACUUCCUGCCGAGAAUGAGGAUACGCCAGGCAACCACUACCAUCGUAUGGUGUUCAUUACGAGUCUGCGGAUGACCAACUCGACACUUUUCAUGAAGACUGCAAUCAAGGAUAUCGCUGAAAUGGUAGCCCGGGACCACAUCCUGAUGAACCUAAACGAUUCUGCUGAAGGCAAUACAUGCCUAUUUCAGCUACGCGAAGGGACAGGUGACACAGUUGGGUCUUUUUGCCGACAGUUUAGAGGCAAGCUCUCAGGCCUGAUUCGAUGGGCUAAUUGCCUGUUUCGCUUACCCUCUUUUCUUGUGGACUUACCUGACAAACCGCUUUUGACCUCGAACCGAGACGAGCCCUUCUUAUUUCCUCACGAGGAGAUCACUACCUUCAUGAACGCGCUGGACUUUAAUGGCCUCACGCUCAUUACUGCCCAGUUGGCAUGGUCACUGGUAGUCCGCCUAUCGCAAGCGACUGUGAAACAAGCUAUGUUGCAGUCCUUGAGUACAGACUAUCGGCUACACGUGCUGUGCGGUCGAAGGCUAGAUAGGGUCCUGCAGUUGCAACAGAAGGACGGUAAAGUGCCUGCACUCACAGAGUACAACUACUUUAACCCUUUUCGUAUUUUCGACCACAUCCAACUUUCCCGACAGUUGGCCGAUCUAUUUUCAUGCGGUGAUGAAGACUAUUUGCCUGUUAGCAGUGCAAACUUGCUCCGUGACUUUAUGCUCUAUGUGGUGCGCUAUUGCCAUUCCGCUGACCAGCUCGAUUUGUUUGAUGAGCUCAUUGAGGAAAUGGCUGUCAACAUAAAGCUGAUGCUCAGUUUCGAGGAAGAGGUUUUUCAUAUGGAAAUACCCCUUACAUUGUGUCCUACUGGGAAUGAUAGUAGUGAUUGCACUAACAGUCGUGGUGGAAGCGCUCCUAAGAGUGAUGCAAAGUUGCCUUUGCUUAUGCCACUUGCACUUUUCAGCGGUGGCAAAGGCCACGUGAAGGUUUUAACUACUAUGAACGGUAGGUGUGAGCAACUUACCGUUUUUCGAGAUAGAGCCAUGAAGAAUGUAUUGGUUAAAUAUCCAGACCUCCAGGGCAUAUGGUCUGAUACGGAGAUGGCUCUAGUGCCAGACCGAUCCAUGCCCUGGACCUACUUCAGCGUCACUCCUGCGUCAAGGCCGCCGCCUCAGUCACUUGGUGGCCCUUUCGCGUCUCAGUUAGAGAAGAAGCUUUGCCUGAUUGUCUCGGUUGCCAGUCUUCGAGGAGUUGUCAUGGAGAUCCUCUUCACUUCAUUAGCGCAGGAGAUCAAAAAGUCAGCCGCGCUCUCAGGUAGUAAAAACAGUUCAGACAAAUCAAAAUGGUGUGAUCCGUCUCGAAUGGAACGCUCUCUUCCGGCGUUUUUGAACGCUAGUAUGGUGCAUUAUCUUUCAAAUUCUGGUGUCUUUUCUCUGGUGCCCAAGGAUCGUUAUACCCGGUACCGUACGCAUGCCAUAAACAUCCUUGCAUGUGUUUUUGAUCUGUGGGCUGCGUUUCCACACUUGCAACCCUACGAUCAUGUUCCCCUGCACGUAUCCUUGUCACAUAUUAACGUAUGCUUCAUGGAGGCUUUACACCACCGUGGGCGAUCGAUGAGUUUGCCCUUUGAUCACAACAGCCCAGUGGCAUCUAGCCUGGGUGUUUAUUAUUCUUGUGUCCAAUCGCUCUUCUCAUUGAUGUUUAAUGCAAUUCGCCUAGACUGCCUGUGGACCAAGCGGUCAUUUCGGCAGCGUGUGGCAUAUGGAUGGCAUCAAAUCCUGAAGGUCUGGGGAAAUUGUGCGAUAACGCUAUCCACGGUGGAGACGGCCCCAUGUGCCACUUUCAAUAACUCAGGUGAGAGCAAGGUAGCACUUUCCGUAGAUAGGCAUGUGCCUCAACUGGAUGUCACUGCUAUUGCUCACCGCACUGUCGCUAGCAAAGCCAUGAGGUGUACGAUACUUCCUGAUCCGUUUUCAUCGGCUGCAUCAACAGGGGUCGAUUCCGGUGAAAAUAACUUGGACACGGUGCUGCAUUCACCAGAUACUCGGUACGGAGGGCAUAUCGUCAGUAUGCAGAUUCUUCAACCAUCUAAUAAGUCCCUUGCCUUAACUAGCGCCUCGGUCUCCUGCACAGCCCUUGGGAAUGGGGAGUGGCGUGUGCGGCGUAGCUGUGGUCAUGCUAUGGCUAUCAGUUCAUGUGGAUUUACGUCUGGACGCUUUUACUUCGAGUUGCGGCUCUUGGAGACUGAGGGUGCGGUUUCGGUCGGCGUCGUUACAGAUCGCAGCCAAUUGAGCAAGAGUGGUGUUGAGAUGAUUGGAGCUUAUCCAGACUCCUGGGGUUUUGAUAUCAGCCACCAGUGCUUACUGAUCGAAGGUUACCGCUCCGACUUAGAGGAGCAUAUCAACUGGGCUGCAGGUGACAUCCUUGGUGUGUUGAUGGAUCUUGAGCAGAAGGAACUCGUAUUCUUAUACCAUGGGAAAAGGUUGGCGGAGCUGACAAUGCAUCGCAAACAAGCCUUCAACUCCAAGACUCCCACAACCUCGCCCCCCAUAUGCAGCUAUUUUCCCUGCGUAUCGGUGAAUAGCUGCAUGUGUGUGGUAAAUCUCGGUGAAGCACCUUUCGCGGAAGACCUUCCAUUAGGCUUCUUGCCGGUUAACCCCAAGCUCUACUGUAAUCCGCAGAUGUGCCGAUUUUGGUACGCUAUGAUUGCCGUCAAAUGGGUAUCAAGAAUAAAGGAAAGUAAGGCAAAUGAUGGCACGGUUCAGCAAACUUUUGUACCUGAUGGGACGUUUCAAACUGUGCAUAGCUACAUCCGGAAGUAUUGUGAAGGGCGUGACGGACCGCUCUCCGUCGACAUCUUGUGUUCCGCGCCCCACGUGUGUGUGAAUCGUCACACCAAUGAGAUCUAUACCGAGAAUCACACUACUGGACCGUGUAUUAUGCACGCAGGUGUGGCAGUCCGCCGUGGCCGUUGGUACUAUGAAGUUCUUUUGAAGGGUAUCAUCGAUCUCAGCGUUGGCUGGGUUGUAGCUGAAUCCAACGGAGGACGAGGAGGUGGCACAGGUGGUAGCAGCAGAGUUUUGGGCGAUGACAACGAAUCAUGGGUCAUUGAAACGGAGCGCAUGGUUGUCAGGCACAAUGGGCGGGUAACUCGUCUACGGCAUCAUAACUGGCGUGAUGGUGAUGUAUUGGGUUGCUUAUUGGACUGCGACUCUGGCACAAUGAGCUUCACAGUGAACGGGAGACUUGUGUUGGAAGUGCAUGAUAUUGAGGGUGACGGCAUUUUGUUCAAGAAUGUUGUCUGCCCUGAGGUCGGUCUUUCACCAGUUGUGAAAGCACACUAUAUGCGGGGAUCCAUAGUAUUUCUAUGUAACCGAAGGGAUUUGCUUUAUCCUCCUGGCAAAUCGUACAAACCCAUUGGCGCUGAGGAUGUUAUAACCGACGCCAUGCGGACAUACUAUCUCUCCGGGAAGGACCCCUCCGAUGCGCCUUAUAGGCAGCCAUUAUGUCUUUCCCAAUUGGAAAAGAUGGCGUCCAAAAUUAGCAGAAGCAUGGACCUUAGUCUUCACAAUUUUUCCGCGUACGGCCUGUGCUACGCGCUAGAAUCCAAAAAUUUUGGGCGUUUCCCUUCGCUUUCCACCCUCGGCUCUCCAGCUUCUGCUAUUGCCUUAACCUGUACAAUCACAGAAAGUCUGGCAACUACCCAAUGCUAUGAAACUCCUCUUCAAGCUCGUGGUGCCGCUGCUGCUUCGCCUUUUUCAAAAGAAGAGGAUGCCAAUUCGGUGAAGGUGUUGUUUGAGCUGCUGAACAUUUUCUCCAGCGCUGCCGAAGUACUCAUGGCCUUGGCUCAGGAAGUGUCUAUUCCGCAUAGAACCGAUAGCAACCUCGCUUAUCCAGUCUAUAUUGGCCCUUUUAGAGAUUCUUUGCAUCGCCUAAGACGAUUUGCAUUGCCGUACUUAGGAAUUCGCACGAUACGUCAUGCGUUACAAGAGACCUGCAGCGCGUCCAGUGAGACCCUGCGACUGCGUGUGAAUCGCCGUAAGGCACUCGCGACCAUGCAGACCAAUAUCACCAACUCACCGUCAGCCCUCGCGACUCGCAUGCGUGAUAGCUUGUUUGGUCAAAUCUUUUCCCUCUUGGCCGAUAAAGACUAUUCGUUCUUUUGCAGGAAUCGAAACCUCUGGACCGUUAGUUUUUACGGUGAAGGGGCUGAUGAUGUUGGUGGCCCCUAUCGGGAAAGUCUUGCGCAACUGUGUUCUGAGCUCAUGAGCACGAAACUUCCGCUUUUUAUGCCCAUUCCUAGUCAAGGAUCCGACCUCAGCGAGCAGUGGGAUGCGUUUGUGAUCCAUCCCCUCUUGGCACCACCAGUGAGCACCGCGAUGUACCGUUUCAUCGGGCGGUUGAUGGCAGGAUGUUUACGUGGGGCAGAGCCACUCUCACUUUAUUUUCCAAGUUUUGUAUGGAAACUUUUAGUGGGCGAUGUCGUUGACAUGGAGGAUUUGGCACAGACUGACGUUUCGACCUUCCGUGCACUUCAAUAUAUUGAAAACACGGUUUGCUUGGAUUCCUCCUCUCUUGAAAGAGAAACGGAAGACAUUGAUGAGGAACUAUCAACCGUAUUGUGCCCUGAUGGCUUUGUUAUGCAGGAUGGAACCGGUACCGAACACGAAAUGAUAUACAACGGCCGAAACAUUUCGGUGAAUCGUGCUAACGCUCAUGAUUACGUCCGUCUGAUGUUAUCCUUUAGGCUUACUCACCUCGUAUCCGCACAGCUAUAUGCGCUAUGUGAAGGAUUUCAUCAGUCAGUCCCGCUUUACGCCGUGUCAAGCUUAAAAUGGUUUGAGUUAGAGGCGCUGGUGUGUGGGCAGCGAGACUACGACCCAGACGCACUACUGGACGCAGCUCGCUACGAAAACCUGGAACCGAGCGACACCAGAGUGGUUUACCUGCGGCAAGUCCUGCGUGGCUUCACGCGGGAGCAACGGGCGCUCUUUGCACGCUUUGUCAGUGGUCGCGAGCGCUUGCCGCAGGGAAUCCAGCUUAAGAUUCUUCCGGAUCACUCUAACGCUCGGUCCCCUAGGGGUCAGCGCUUUACCCCCCCACCCCCACCACAACCGAGAUCGUCCUCAACGGAGAGUCCGUCCCCUAGGUCAACGCAGGCGGUGGUAGCAUCUUCGGAUCAUGUGGUAGAAUCAUUUGAUGAUGACCGUCUACCGCAUGCCUCGACCUGUUUUUAUUGGCUGACCCUCCCUCAGUACAGUUCAGUGGAGGUGAUGCAUGACAAGUUGCUCUACGCAAUCGAGCAGUGCACCGAGAUUGAUGCAGAUUUUCGGGUCUAUGACGAUGAGGCGGGAGCUCAGCCGGAUCAACCUACCUUGACCCGGAUGACUUUAGAAGCCGAAGACGAGUUUGAGGAUUUUUCCCACUUACUCUAG